CUGCCCUUUGGGGUGGAGCCAAUGACUGACCUGCAAGCAUCGAAACAGAGGUACAAUGUAUCCCCCUCUUCUAUUCCCCCCCCCUCCCGCCCAGGAAAAUUAAAAUCUGCUAUACAGACUGUAGAUCCCUAUGAAUCCAUCCCUGUUCAUUGUGGAAGGUGCAUGAGAUCAUCUGGGAGCUGCCUGGACGCCAUGGAGCACAUCCGAAUGCCCAAGGUGGAAAAUGUCCGCUUCAUUGAUCGUAUAUCUUCCAGGAAAGCUGCACUGGGGACUCUGUAUUUAACAGCUACUCAUGUUAUUUUUGUGGAAAAUGUGUCUGAAACUCGUAAAGAAACUUGGAUUCUUCACAGCCAAAUUUCCUCCAUUGAGAAACAGGCCACAACUGUUACUGGCUGCCCUUUGCUGAUUCGCUGCAAGAACUUCCAGAUCAUCCAGCUUAUCAUACCUCAGGAAAGAGAUUGCCAUGAUGUUUACAUAUCCUUAAUACGUCUGGCACGGCCAGUGAAAUAUGAAGAGCUCUACUGCUUCUCAUUCAACCCAAAAUUAGAUAAAGAAGAGCGAGAACAAGGAUGGAAGCUUGUGGGCCUCAAUGAAGAAUAUAAUCGGAUGGGUGUUCCAAAUAACUAUUGGCAAAUCAGUGAUGUAAACAGAGACUACCAAGUCUGUGAUUCAUACCCUACUGAAGUGUACGUACCAAAAUCUGCAACUGCACACAUCAUUGUGGGGAGCUCUAAAUUCCGGAGCAGAAGACGUUUCCCAGCCCUUUCCUACUACUGUAAGGAUAAUAAUGCCUCAAUCUGCAGGAGCAGCCAGCCCUUGUCUGGUUUCAGUGCUCGGUGCCUUGAGGAUGAACAGAUGCUACAGGCCAUCAGAAAGGCAAAUCCAGGAAGCAAUUUCAUAUAUGUUGUUGACACUCGGCCUAAACUCAAUGCAAUGGCAAACAGAGCAGCGGGGAAAGGAUAUGAGAAUGAAGACAAUUACUCCAACAUCAAGUUUCAGUUCAUUGGUAUUGAGAACAUCCAUGUUAUGAGGAGCAGUCUGCAAAAAAUGCUAGAAGUUUGUGAGCUGAAGUCCCCUUCUAUGAGUGACUUCCUCUGGGGCCUGGAGAAUUCUGGCUGGCUAAAACACAUCAAAGCCAUCAUGGAUGCGGGCAUCUUCAUUGCAAAGGCUGUGGCAGAGGAAGGUGUGAGUGUUCUUGUUCAUUGCUCAGAUGGCUGGGACAGAACAGCUCAGGUUUGCUCUGUAGCAAGCCUUCUAUUAGAUCCAUUUUACCGAACUAUAAAGGGAUUUAUGGUAUUAAUUGAAAAAGAUUGGGUUUCCUUUGGGCACAAAUUUAAUCACAGGUAUGGCUAUUUAGAUGGAGAUCCAAAAGAGAUAUCCCCAGUUAUUGAUCAGUUCAUCGAGUGCGUUUGGCAGCUCAUGGAACAGUUUCCCUGUGCCUUUGAGUUCAAUGAAAGAUUCUUGAUCCACAUACAACAUCAUAUCUAUUCCUGCCAGUUUGGUAACUUUCUAUGUAACGGCCAGAAGGAGAGGCGAGAGCUGAAAAUUCACGAACGAACAUAUUCGCUUUGGGCACAUUUGUGGAAGAAUCAUGGAAAUUACAUGAAUCCUCUGUAUAGAGAAGACCACAGUCAGACCCAGGGGACACUGCGCCCACAGACAGCUCCCUGCAAUUUCUUGUACAAGUUCUGGAGUGGUAUGUAUACCCGCUUUGAAAAGGGGAUGCAUCCCCGGCAGUCAGUUACCGAUUACCUGAUGGCAGUGAAAGAAGAAACUCAGCAGUUAGAGGAAGAGCUGGAAGUCUUAGAACAGAGAUUGGCAAAUCUCAAAAAAGUGCAGUUAAACAAUAGAAAAGAAAACUCUAAGCAGCAAGACCACAACACACAUCUAGGGCUUUCUACCUCUAAUAACAGCAUAGCUAACACACCCCAGGAUUACAUUAAUAAUGUGAAAUCAUUCCCAUCACGGAGCCCUUCACAAGGAGACGAAGAAGACUCAGCCCUGAUUCUGACUCAGGACAACCUGAAAAGCUCUGAUCCUGACCUCUCAGCCAACAGUGAUCAGGAGUCAGGUGUGGAAGAUUUGGGCUGCAGGUCCCCAAGCGGUGGUUGUUGCCUGCCUAGUGAAGACAGUGGCAAAGACUCAGAUGAAGCUGUGUUUCACACUGUCUGAAAUGGCAUCUUUCAUCAGAUGAAGAACAGGCACUGUCCUUGAACAUUUAAAAAAAUUCCAAAGAAAAGGAGCUGUACAAUUGUGUAUGUAAAGUACCAGACAGAACCACCACGUAUUACAGCUAAUAAGCCACAAUGUUAAUGAAAGGUAAUCUCUGCUAUUAUGAACAUUUAUUUAAGCCCCUUGUGGUUGCUUCUUUUAACCUUAUCAGAGCCAUAAAGAAUUAUUCAUUUAUUUUUGCUUUCCAAAUGUUAUUUUUAUAUUUCCAUAAUUAUGCCUACUGUACAUAACUGUGUUUUUGUUGAGUAUUUUUGCCUUGAAGGUAGUUGUGUACAUUGUGGAAAUAUUGGGUUUAUUUCUUAAAAUUUUCAAAUUUAACAAUUUUGUGAAAAAAUUUCUAUUAAAAUCCUUUCAAAAAAGAUAUACUAGCAUUAGAAAAGGUUCAGAGAAGGGCAACUAAAAUGAUUAGGAGUUUGGAACAGGUCCCAUAUAAGGAGAGAUUAAAGAGGCUAGGACUUUUCAGCUUGAAAAAGAGGAGACUAAGGUGGGACAUGAUAGAGGUAUAUAAAAUCAUGAGUGAUGUGGAGAAAGUGAAUAAGGAAAAAUUAUUUACUUUUUCUGUAAUAUAAGAACUAGGGGCCACCAAAUGGGCAGCAGGUUUAAAACAAAUAAAAGGAAGUUCUUCUUCACACAGCGCACAGUCAACUUGUGGAACUCCUCGCCUGAGGAGGUUGUGAAGGCUAGGACUAUAACAGGGUUUAAAAGAGAACUGGAUAAAUUCAUGGAGAUUAAGUCCAUUAAUGACUAUUAGCCAGGAUGGGUAAGGACUGGUGUCUCUAGCCUCUGUUUGUCAGAAGGUGGUGAUGGAUGGCAGGAGGGAGAUCACUUGAUCAUUGACUGUUAGCUUCACUUCCUUUGGGGCACCUGGCGUUGGCCACUGUCAGUGGACAGGAUACUGGGCUGGAUGGACCUUUGGUCUGAGCUUUACUUUCAGCAAAGUAAAAGUAGAAAUGGCAGACGCAAAUGAACAGGAUUACUUGGGUGUGUAAAUGGGACCCUGACCCUCCAGCUGGAUCUGUGUGGGUAGGUCUUUGAGUAAAACAGGAAAAAUAUAAAAAUAAACACACAAACAUUUUGGUAAACCAUGACUUUGCACUGAAUGACAGGCAUCAGAGUUUACUUUAUUUAUUAUUUGUAUUACCAUAGCACCUAGCAGCCCAAGUCAUGGAGCAGGACCCAACUGUGCACAGUGCUAGGCAUUAUAUAAACAUAGAACAAAGGGACUUACAAUCUAAUUAAUAAAUAGUUUUGUUGUUCUAGCCUUUACAGGAUAUUAGUUCUAUAAUCAUUCUAAAAAGAGCCAAUUUUAAAAGA